AGCCUACUCCGUGCCGGGUGGCAAGUGCGCAGGGCCGCGAGCUAGGCGAGACUCCUCUGGCGGGACUGGCCGCGAGGCGACGGCUGCGCAGAGCCGCGUGCUUGGAGGCACGCUGGCGACUCCGGUCCUGCCUAAGACAAAAACCGCACGCGCAGCUGAACCGGAGUCGCUGCUUGUGUGGGUCGCUGCAGAGAACCCGAAGGCUGGCAGAGUCGGCGCCGCAGGCUUCGCGUGGGGCUGGAUCAGAGCGGGCAGGGAAGGUCCGGCCAUCUGGCCCAGGAGCGGCAAGUGGCCGCAGGACCAGUUUCUCCGCGGGGCCGCCCCACCUCCACUGCCGCAGGGUCCGAGCUGCCCCCCCCCCGCCGGGACCCCGCUCGGUUGCCCGGGGAACGCGGGACGCGCGCCCAGCCCGCGGUUCAGAGUCCGUGAGCUGCCCCGGGAGCCCCGCCUCCUCCGGCCUGCGGGCCGCGCGCUGCGGGGCGGCAGUUUGGCCGCGAAAGCGCGGCGCCCUGACGCGGGGGCGCAGCCAGUGAGAGGUCGAGGGCGUGGUGGAGGCCGGAGCAGGCACCUACUUAGGGCCUUGCGGCCCCUCGGGCUGGGCUCCUUCGCGUCCUGGUACGCGCGUCCCGCCCGCCGCAGCCACGGAGUGGCGGGUCGGCCGCCGGGACGCAGCAUGGUGACCCCGUGCCCCGCCGCCCGGGCCGGGAGAGGAGACAACGACCAGUACCUGCGCGCGCCGGUCAAGAAGAGCAGGCGCCCGCGCCUGCGGAGGAAGCAGCCGCUGCAGCCGCUGAGCCCGUGCCUGCUCCCGGGGGACUCGGGCAUUUGCGACCUGUUCGAGUCCCCCAGCUCAGGCUCAGAUGGCGCCGGCAGCCCCGCGGCCCCCGGGCGGCGCGGCCCCGCCCAGCACUCGGCGCAGCUGGAUCUGCGGACCUUCCGCGAGUACGGGCAGAGCUGCUACGCCUUCCGCAAGGAGCGGGAGAGUCACUUCCACGCGCGGGAGGCGCUGGCGCGGCAGCCGCAGGUAACCGCGGAGUCUCGCUGCAAGCUGCUCAGCUGGCUGAUCCCCGUGCACCGCCAGUUCGGCCUCUCCUUCGAGUCGCUGUGCCUGGCGGUGAACACCCUGGACCGCUUCCUGGCCACCACGCCCGUGGCUGCGGACUGCUUCCAGCUGCUGGGGGUCACGUCCCUGCUCCUGGCCUGCAAACAGGUGGAGGUGCACCCGCCUCGCGUGGAGCAGCUCCUGGCCCUGUGCUGCGGCGCCUUCUCCCGGCAGCAGCUCUGCAACCUGGAGCGCAUCGUGCUGCACAAGCUGGGCUUCAGUUUGGGCGCGCCCACCGUCGGCUUCUUCCUGGAGCACUUCACGCACGCGAGGGUGGACGCCGGGCAGGCCCGCGUCUCCCAAGCCCUGGAGGCGCAGGCUCUGGCGCAGGCGGUGGCAGAGCUAAGCCUGGCCGACUAUGCUUUCUGCAGCUACGCCCCCUCCCUGCUGGCCAUCUGCUGCCUGGCGCUGGCCGACAGCAUGCUCCAGCGCCCGCUGCCUGUGGACUUGAGCCUGGGCGGGCACCCUGAGCCGGAGCUUCAGGACUGCCUGGGCAAGCUGCAGCUCCUGGUGGCCAUCAACGGGACCUCCCUGGCUCACGUGCUGCCCCUCCAGAUCUGUGACAAGUGCAGCCUGUCCACCAGCUCGCAAUAAAGUGGACCCUGGGUCUCCAUUUAGCUCCUGGGGCCGGCCCCUCCCACUGCUUUGAGAGAAUGCAGUGUCGGCCCUGGGGAGCGGGGAGCUCCAGGCCCCGCCUGGUCACCAGCUCGCCCUGCGCAGGCUGUAAAUAGUGUGCGAUAUUAGCGGCCGGUCACUUAUUUAUUAUGCUGAGAGCUGUCUUUGCCCAAUAAAUAGGCUGUCUGUCCGUCCUGGUGUGUCUGAAUGCUCUCCCUGGGCUUCUUUGUUGCACGGAGGGGUGGCGAAGGCCUCUGGGCACCGGAGGCCUGGGCAACGAGGCAACAACGGAGGGGCCCUGCCUCCCUUCCCCCCACCCCUGCCGCACUCCGACCCCAGUUGGCGUCUCUGCAAAAACGCCAGGUCAGGCGAGGCCCGGGUGGAGUCAGGGUCGCCUGAGGGCCUGCACCCUGUGAUAGCCGCCCCCGCAGGAGGCUGAGGCCAGCACAUCCCUAGGGAUCCGAAGGGGUGC